AUAACAAACAUUCACUUGCCCUUGGGGUCGCCAUAAAUCAUCAAACGUAGAACGUAAGGGACAACAUCUUCGGGCUGCUUCUUUACAUCGUUCGACAUACAGAAUACUCAUUUAAGAUGUCGGCUUCAAUCGAGCAGAUCGAGGCCCCCCACAAUGCCUACGACACUAUUCUCGUACUGGACUUCGGUUCUCAGUUCACGCAUCUCAUCACGAGACGGCUGCGAGAAUUAAACAUCUACAGCGAGAUGCUUCCGUGCACUACAAAAUUGUCAGAGAUCAGCUGGACACCCAAGGGAAUCAUUCUGUCUGGUGGCCCGUUUUCAGUUUAUGAUAACGAUGCGCCCCACGUUGACCCGGCCUUCAUUGAGCUCGGUGUUCCCAUCCUGGGCAUAUGCUAUGGCCUCCAAGAGAUAGCAUGGAAUCUGAGCAAGGACAAUGUCGUUGCAGGCACAAAGCGAGAAUAUGGACAGGCGGAUCUUACGCCGCUGCUGAACGGCGGCCAUGCUGAUAGACUUUAUGAAGGCCUAUCUGACAACGGCAGUAUGCGAGUCUGGAUGAGCCAUGGCGACAAGCUGAGUCAAUUGCCAACCGGAUUUCACACCAUUGCCACAACCCAAAACUCGCCUUAUGCCAGCAUCGCCCACGAGACGAAGCCAAUCUUCGGAAUACAGUUCCAUCCCGAAGUUACUCAUACUCCUCGUGGUACCGAGCUUCUCAAGAACUUCGCUGUCGGCAUUUGUGCCGUCAAGCAAAACUGGACCAUGACAGACUUCCUCGAGAAGGAAGUUAUACGGAUCCGUAAACUCGUAGGAAAUGGUCAAGUGAUUGGAGCUGUCUCAGGUGGAGUCGAUUCAACAGUUGCCGCAAAAUUAAUGAAAUUGGCAAUUGGUGACAGAUUCCAUGCUGUACUAGUUGACAACGGCGUGAUGCGCCUAGACGAAUGCAAACAAGUAAAGGAAGCACUUGGAGAGCAUCUAGGAAUCAAUUUGACCGUUAUCGAUGCCUCGCAAAUAUUCCUUUCGAAACUCAAGGGUGUAUUAGAUCCUGAGCAGAAGAGAAAAAUCAUCGGCAACACGUUCAUCGAUAUCUUUGAGGAAGAAGCCAUCAAGAUUGAGAAGGCCGCUGAAAACACGCCUAAUGCCGGCAAAGUGCAGUGGUUUCUUCAGGGCACUUUAUACCCUGACGUUAUCGAGUCCAUUUCUUUCAAGGGCCCUUCUGCAACUAUUAAGACACAUCAUAAUGUCGGCGGAUUGCCGCAGCGAAUGAUGGAUGGACAAGGUCUCAAGUUAAUUGAGCCCUUCAGAGAGUUGUUCAAGGAUGAAGUUAGAGCGCUUGGACGCGAAUUGGGUGUCAACGAAGAGCUCGUUAUGAGACAUCCAUUCCCCGGACCCGGAAUCGCCAUCCGAAUUCUCGGAGAAGUAACUCCAGAACGUGUAGAGAUAGCGAGAAAGGCUGAUCAUAUCUUCAUUAGCAUGAUUAAGGAAGCCGGACUCUAUAACGAGAUCAGCCAAGCCUAUGCCGGUAUCGACACGAACAAAGCAGUGGGAGUCAUGGGCGAUAAACGAUACGAAGGAUAUCUCUGCUUGCUGCGUGCAGUUCAGACUAAGGACUUCAUGAGUGCUGAGGCCUACAAAUUCGACAUGGAUUUCCUCAUGAACGUAUCUACCAGGAUCGUGAAUGAGGUUGAGGGAGUGAGUUGUGUGUUCUACAACACGACAAGCAAGCCACCAGCGACAAUCGAAUUGUCGUAACGGGAUGUGGGUUGCCUUAAGUCCAUUUAUGACGGUUUAAUAUUAUGUUGACUGUCAUACGGAUUCCACAACGUCAUGAUCCUUAACUAGUAGUUAGUAGGAAAUUAGAUCAUGCUCACGCUCAGAGGAUAGGCGUCUUAAUCUAGCUCAUUUGAUUACAAUUACAAGUUACGGUUACAUAUCUACCACGUAGGCGCCUACCUACCUACCUAGGUAGGUACCCGAUGACUUCUAAGGCUGUUCGCGAUACCUUCAUUCCGGUUCAGCAACAUCCUUCAAGCAAACUCAAUCAAGUCAUUUCAACAUCAAUUCUAAUAUAACAUGC